CAAGGCGGCUGCACCAAGGAGAACCAGACUUUGCUAGACUGCAAGAUGAAGCAUGGAGAUUGGAGACAGUGCACAAAAGAAGUGUGAUAUUGCUAAAUCUGUGCAUGGAAGCUGACUUGCAGAUGAUGGCAUUCAAGCGAUGUUGGGAUGAGCGUAAGGAACGGACACAAUGACGCGCAUGCAUGGUUGGACAUGUUCUCGAGAGCACUGCUGCGGCGCGUUGCUAGACUGAUCUGUUGCUACCUCCGUCAAGACCAGCUGAGAAUCGUCGCAAUCUCAAAAUUGAUGUAUCAUGCUCCAAAUACUCUGCAUAAGAGUACUACCUGACGCAGAUCUAGACCGGCUGGUCUCAUUCACGGUAAAAUGGCGAAAGGAUGCCGAGUCCGCCGCGGAGCAGACUCUCGCGGCUGUGCAGGUUUGCUUGUCCCUCUGGAACUCUUAGCAUGUGUUGCUAUGCUACCUCAUCUAUCGUGCCCGUUCCAUCAAACGUUCAGGAGACUUGCAACAGAGCAGGCCAUGCCAGCCCGGUGCCACUGAACAGUGAAUACGCUUGUCGUCUUGGCUAUCACAGUGGCGCCCUCCAGAGAGACGACAUUCUGUUCAAUUGUUGCCAAUUGUCGCCAGCUUGUGUCUGGCCCCUCAGAGUUUCAGUGCUCAACUUUGAUGAGCUGGCCCCCCGUCGCUGAUCAGCAACAUGACCCUUCCUCGUGGGUUCCCCUGAGCACAUUGGGCACAUUGGCAAGGAUGAGAGCAGCCAUCCACGCGAUAGCCAAGCGAGGCCCUGUGCCCAGAAGUAUAUAAAUGUGCGUACCCUAAUCGAUUACUUGACAG